GUGCCAUUUGAGACGCGUUGGCAGCACCAGCAGCACAAAAUGUAAACAGGAAAAAAAAUCGAGAAAAAUACAAACAAUACAGACAAAAAACGUAAGAAGCGCGUGAAGAAAAAGAUAAAAAAUUUUUAGUGUGCCGAACGAGAACGCAACGCAACGCAAUAAUUGAAAAGCAAAGCGACAGCGCAACGCAUUACGUACAACGUACACACCUCGGACAUGUCCAAUGAGCGUGUGGACACGGGCAACGACGAAGUGCCAAUGCCAGUGGCAGUACAAGAACAAGAGCAGGCUGAAAUGGAGCCCAGCAUAUCCAUGUCCAUGCCCACGAUGCCUGUGUCGAAGGGCAUUAUGAUAACGCCACCGCCACCAGUGAUGCCCCCAACGCCGACAUCGUCGCCCAACACACACGGCGAAUGGCCCAAUCUGAAUCCCAAUGCCAAUCCAUUCCAGCUGAGCAGAGAUCGCAGCGGAACGGGGGAACGGGAACACUUUGCAUUGCCGCAUCUGCCGCCGUUGCCACUUAACGUUGACUAUCUGCCGAGCCUAAUACAUCCCAGCACCCUGCCAUCGAGCAGCAAGAGCUUCAAGAUGCGUCCGCGCAUGAAGCGUCUGAUGUACUGCAGUUACAAUAACAUCCUAACCGAGUCCAAUAAUCGCAAAUUGCGCACCGCCGCCUCCACCUGCAAUAUUGAGCUGCUCAAUCGCAUACUGGAAUCGGGCGGCAAUCCCAAUGCCGCCGAUGAAUACAAUCGCAGUCCAUUGCAUUUGGCUGCAUGUCGUGGCUAUAUACCCAUUGUGCAACAGCUGCUCAAAUUUGGAGCCAAUCCCAAUGUGAUUGACUCGCUGGGCAAUACACCGCUCCACCUGGCGGUUAUUUCGGCCAGCUCCAAUAACUUCAAUGUGGUUGUGCGUGUGCUCCUGCAAGGUGGCGCCAGUGUGCACAUGUUUGACCGCAGCGGCAAGUCGCCAUUGGAGUUGGCCGAGGCGAAAUUGCGACUGCUGCGCAAUCGCUACGAUCAUCCCACACCUGAGACCGCCAAGAUCCUUGAGGAUAUGUGUAUGCUAACCACUCUCAUAUUGCGCUACAUGGUAAAGCAGCAGCGAGAGCUGGAGGAUCUAUCAGCGCUGGAGAAGCGACUGCAGAACCUGAGCACCAGUGAUGAUCAAGAGCAGGUGGUGUCCCAGACGGCUGACGAGCUGCUCGCCAGUGUCGAGCGUUUAUCCAUCAACAACAAGUAGAAGAGAAGGCAAAAAGAAAACGCGGGCUCAAAUUGCGUGCAAAAGGUUUUUUUUACGUUUCCUAAUUUGGCUGCCGUUGAGUUGGAGUUGGAUUUCGUGUGUGUUAUCCCACUGUGCAUUCCUGGAGAUGCAGAGACACGCACACACAACCAACGCUCACAUACACACACUCAACACACACACACACAUGUUUCAUGCGAUCUUCUUUAUUAAGUAUUUCAUUUAAGUUUUCAUUGUUUACGCAAACAAACAA